UGGGCUGCUUAACACCAACAGUCUGUGGGAGGGAAAGAAAAACUGCAGAUCUAUUUCUGUAAUCAAAUACAUGCAACUAAAGAAACUGCUGGACACCACUGACGCAGGUGUGCUUGUUGUAAAAGUCUUCUAAAAAGCUGCAGAGAGAGAGAACAGCCAUGAGUCUGCUGUGAUAAUGGACCGCAGCAAGACAGACAGAAACAGAAACCAAAGACGCAUUAACCACAACAACGUCGAUGAGUCUGAGUACGAUGUGGUGGAUGACCAGGAGGAAGUCCUGAAUGUGCGCAUACUUCCUGCAAGGCCCAUAAAUGAUGAGAGAGAGUAUGCAGACAGGGAUCUGCCAAGGUCAUCAUCGGCUCAGAGCCUUUCAUCAAUGUCCGCUGGGAACUCCAGCAUCCUACCUAGAGAAAUCCCACUUACAUCAGGGCCUGCUGUCAACAGAGACCUGAAGCCCGGUAGAAGAAAGACCAGAUUACAUAAGAGGUUACCACCUGUACAGCCGGAAGCCCAGCCCUCACACAGGCGCUCUCCAUCACCUCCACCGUUGACCUUGCCAUUAGCGAAUAACUUCCCCAGACUAGCUCUACACGAACCCUGCAGGAGAGUUGGACAGAGAGCAACUAAAAAAGCAGAAUUCAGUUCACAUACCAAAGGUCUACAGAGUGUUGAAAGUGUUUCAGCCCUUCAUAACAAUCAAAGACAUUCUUUGGAUUUGGAGACUCACGAUAUAGAAAAAAGAUCACAACAAAAUCUAGAAAGGGUGUCAUCAAAACGUCAUCACCAUGAGUGGCCACAAACCAAAGAAGAUUUUGACCAACAUGACUUUGUUCCAAUGGAAAAGCCUCAACAGACCAACUGUGAAGAAGACUGGUAUGUUGGGGCUUGUAAUCGAGCAGAUGCUGAACACGCUUUACACCUGGUGAACAAGGAUGGGGCCUUUUUGGUACGAGACUGCUCUAUCAACUCCAACAGCGAACCCUUUGUAUUGGCUGUGUAUCACGAGAAGAAGGUUUACAAUGUAAAGAUUCGGUUCAUGGAGAGCACCAGCAAAUACGUCCUUGGUACAAGACAACGAUCAACUGAUAUGUUUGACUCUGUGGCAGAUAUCAUCAAGUUCCACUCCAUUUUCCCAAUAAUACUCAUCAGCGGGAGAAAUAUGACUGGAAGCAGAUACCCAGAAAACUGUGUGCUGACAUGUCCAAUAACGAGAAGGGAUGUUGACCAGCUGCUGCAAUAACACAUGCAUCAGUCCAGCAAACAUAACCUGUUUAAUCCCACCAUGUUUCUAUCAUUACUGCAUGUAACCCAAUACAUCCACCGCAGCUGACAAUGUGUAUACAGUUUGUUAAAGUGUUUGCUUGUGUCAAUAAAAAAAUGUGUUUCAUCUAA